AAUGACUGACACAAACGGAGGCGUUUCCUCCCACAAGUACAACUAAAAAAUCAACAAAACAAAAAUAGCAUCAUYAGACCACUCUCUUGUGUCGAUAUAAAUUCACUGGAUGGCAACAGGCMACAGUCAGGGAAGCAAGCAGACAAGCAGAGACUAUCAAAGAGCGAAAAAGUUGGAGGAAGAAUCGUGGGAAACUUAGAUUCAAAACAUCGGGUGAACGGAACGCUGGUACAAAGAAUUCAAUCAAUUUUGAGAGACGAGACGAGACGCAACGCAACGCAACGCAACGCAACUGAGAGGCGGUGCUCAUUGAACCACAUAUUAGGGGAGAAACAAAAACAAGUAAAUAUAAAAUGGCCACAGCUAGACACGUGUCCUCGCUACGAUGCCUACCGCGACUUUGGAACGAAAAGACUCUUUUCUUCUGGAUGGCAAUGACACUGGCACUACUGGCUGUUUCGACCGCCGCUUCCUCCGAAUACGAAGACGACCCCGACUACCAGUAUUAUCGAGCCCGAAGAGCGGCAUCCAAGCCCUGGUUGAUGAAGGAAUUUCUGUUGAUGGAGAUACACGAAUCGGUGCACCAAAAACUCGUUGGUUGGCUCGAAUCGAUGAUGGGAUACGACUACGAACCACACUACGCCGACUACAUUCCCAGGCAGAUAUUUGUGUCGCCGUUCACGCUUCUCCUUGUGUUGGUGCUGGUCGCCAAUGUUUGGUCCUGGCUCUCGUAUCACCUCAGCGGAUCCUGGGUGGAAGCCUCGCACAUUUUGGUCAAGGACACGUCGCCCAAGACGCUCAAAGCGCUUGUCGGCCUGAAGGAAACCCUGGGGAAGGACGGUAAGAUGUUUGGUCUUACUGCCCAGCAAUACUCCCAGUGUCCCUCGGCAAACGACAAGGGCAGUCUGGGACGAUUCGGUCCGGGGGUCAUGGCGCCGCCCUUCGACGCAGUGUGCUUCGAUCCGCAGACACCACUGAACACCACCGUGGGACCGGUCCAGACCCAGUUUGGCUACCAUCUGAUCUACAUCAAGAAGCGAAAGUUUUGAGAACAGCGGUGUGGUGGAAAGCACUGUAUAUCGUGUGUAUAUUAUUCGGAGUGUGAUAUUUUGAAGGAUGCAAUACGCUCUUGCAACRCACGAGACUAGACCCAACGCACCUCAUUCCGUUCAACACGAGUCGUGAUUCGCGGUACUAAACCGAACUAUCUGUAAUACAAUUCUUGUAAUUCAAGUACUACGCCAGCAUAGAAUUGGUUGGAUCCAAUACGAAUGAUUAUUCAUAAURACUAAUAAUGUUCCUUGAACUCGACUCGAUCUAGUUUUGUUCCAUGUCGAGGAACUAUUUUUUAGGAAUAUAUGUGGGUGAUGUAGAAAAUACGAUAAAUAAAAAUGUAGUGUACUAAUAAUAUUUCAAUAUAAAAACAUAUCAUGU